AUGGCGGCGCCCUCCACUCUUCGGAGAAGCCCGAGACUGCAGGCGAGGCUGCAGCAGGGCCGCAUCACCGAACUGCCAUCCGAUCUCUUGCGGUGCAUCGCCCAGAGGCUCCCGUCCGGCCAAGACGUCGCCAGCUUCCGGCUCACGGGCAGGCUCUGGCGCGACGCGGUGCCGCUCAGGGGCUUCGCUCCCCUUCUGAUGCUGCCGGAGUCCCAGGACGGCAGCGCCACCUUCUACAGGCCGUCCGACGGCAAGAUCCUCACGGCCAGCCUCCCGGAUCUGCAAGGGAAGGUUGUGUGCGGCUCGUCUCGAUGGUGGCUGGCGCUGGUGGACGAGGCAGCCUCCGUCACGCUCCUCAACCCCUUCACCGGCGCCACCGUCGCGCUCCCGCCGGCCGACAACAAACUUGGGGCGGUCUGCUUUAGGAAACUGUCCAUGGACGUUGACGGCCGGUGGGUCGUGCAUUCCUCUCCAAACUACAACGAGGUGCGUGCCAUUACGCUAAGCGAGACGAGGGAGCUGCUGUUCCGCAACAUCGUGCUGUCCUCGCAGCCCGACUCUCCGGGCUGCGUGGCCAUGGCGCAGCUCCCUUCAUCUUUCAGCGUCGCCUUCUGUCGCGUCGGGGUGGACAGAUCGUGGACGUUUCUCCACGCCGACCUGACGUGCCGCAUCCGGUCGGUCGUGCACUGCCACGGCAGCAUGUUCCUGGCGAUCGGUGAAUCCCUCGGGAUCUCCAUCUGCUACCUCGCCGGUGCUACUCCGAGUGUGGUGGCGCUGUGGAGAUGCUUCAUUUCGCCGGAAUGGAUCUGCCCCCGCAGCUACCUGCAAGUGGACGGCAAGCUUCACCUCGUUGGCACUGUGCUUGAGAAUAACACCCGCCACACCCGGGUCUACAAGUGCGAUGUCUUCGCCGGGAAACGGAUGUGGUCUAGGGUGAUGGAUAUUGGCCAUCAGACACUGUUUGUGUCAAAUAUCUUCAUGUCAGGUCAUGGUGGAGCAAGCAUUGCGGGGCUCACGAUGAAUUAUGUAUACUUCUCCGAGCAUCUGGAUGGCCGUCAAGAGGAUCCAGAUCAUAAGUUGGAGAUAUACAACAUAGCCAAUGGUAGGCCGGAGUUGUUAACUUAUAAGAAAAAGGUCCAAGGUUUUUCGGAGGCUCUUUGCUGGAUUCAGCCGAAACCAAAUCUAUGGAGACAAGGAGGACAUGCUAAUGAAUGA